AUGCCGUACCCGUUUGUUCUGCCCACCACUUCCUCCUUCUCCUUCUCGUCCAGCUUCGACUGUGAAUCACAUCCCUCCUUACCCCUCCAAGCCAGCACCCACCGCGGUGUCGUGCGUGAUACUCUCAAAAAGCACAAGCGUCUGCCUCCAACUUCCCAAGGCCCCAAUCUCACAUCGGUCAUAUCAGCCAUCCAAACCUACCUCCCUUACCUCUUCGCCAUUGACAAUGGCCUCUCCAACAAACCCAUACACGGCGAAGAGGUCUCUGUCAUCCUCAAGGCAACGCCGAUAAUAGAAUGGCGCCCAACUCUGUCCAGUAGCCACCUUCCAGGCCGUGAACUUGCGCGCGUGAAGAUUCAAUCUCUCGAGUAUGAGCUCUUCUUCGUCCUGUCGACACUCGCAAGCGCCUACACGCUCCAGUCGCGCGUGGCUCUGCAGCCGCUGUACCAGACCACCACGGCACCCGUCGGCACCGCCCAGCGGCAGACGGCCAUAACCGCCGCCAGCCGCGCGCUGCUCGACGCGGCGUCCAUCUACGACCACCUCUGCGCACGGGCCGACGCGCUCUUCCUCAGCGGCGGCGCACCCCCAGCGCCGCCAUGCGCCGACAUUUCCGCGCCGACGAUCCGCGCGCUCCGCUCCCUCGCCCUCGCCGAGGCGACCCUGCUGGCCGUGCUCAAGGACGACCCCUACCCGGCCGUCGUGGCCCAGGCCCGCAACCCGAACGACACCGAGUGGAUGUACAAGGCGCCCGACAUCCCCAAGGUGCGGGCGCACCUGUUUGCCAGGCUGUGUCUGGCCGCGGGGGACCACGCCGCGCAGGCGCAGGCGCAGGCGCAGGCGCAAGGGUCGACGGGGAGAGGUGAAGGUGGAGGCGGAAAGAUCAGCGAGGCGUUCGUCAAGUACCUCGAGGAUCUGCGCAGGACAAGUCGCGCCCGGGCAUGCCGCUUUUUCGGCAUCGAUGCCAACCUCGGCGGCCAGACGGGCACGGCCAUCGCCUGGCUGCAUGCUGGGUUGCAGGAGUUGGGGGUUGAGCGGAAGGCGGAGGGGACUAAAGGCGGAUUCAGGGGGUUGAGGAAGGAGUGGAGCGAAAGGAGGGAGGAUAAAAAGGUGGAACGAGGCUUGGAUUGGGGUACGGAUGCGGGAAAGCUGGAGGAGACGAGGGUGAUUGAGAUGCUCGAGGCAAAGUGGACCAAGCAGAAUGAUACGUUGCUCUCGCAAGUGAUACCACCGACCGGACCGCUACUUGCCCAGAUGCCCUCGGGUCGGGAGAUUCACAGCAUCAAACCCUAUCAUCCGCCACUUCUAAGCCCCGAUCUCCUGGAAGCCAUGCGCGCGCCGCCAGAGAGGGCGGAUGACUACGGCGGCUAUUCAAGUUCGGACGAAGAGACGGCCGUUGGACCCUCGCCGAUCGGGGCGUUUCCAGGGAAGGCGGGGGAUUAUAGGACAGGGACACCAAACUAUUUUUGA